AUGGCUUAUUACAAUCCAAAAUGUUGUCUCAAGUUUGAGCCGUGCUGCAAGAUUUCUACGAAGCCGAUCUUCCCGAUCGUGUCGCAGUUUGAGCUGCCACGAGAGUACAGAAACCGGUUCUUACACGUAGAUGAACUACGGGAAUGGAGGAGAUAUCGUGACUGGCUCAGGUUCUGGACACAAAUCUCCCUAUUUGCUCUGAUUGCUUUCAGUAUAGCAUCAUUUUGCUCCCGUCAGCUGGUGGCAUUACGGAGGCGUUGCUGUCCAAGGCGUCGCACGAAAAUGAGUGAAGUUGCGGAAAAGGUUCAGCAUGUAUGACUAACCAAGAAAAAAGACUCGUAAAAAAAA